AUGGCCUUGUUUUUCCCCAACUGAUACUGUUUACGUACUACUACACACAACAUCGGCAAUUGGCAUUUUCAGGGUUGAAAGACAUGCAGACACAAAUAUCACCUCGUCGUCGAAUUCAUCUCCCACGCUGAAAAGACCAUUCCACUUGCAAGCCUGAAAAUCGCAUUCGUGCAAAAGGAAAGAGUAACGUUACCUGGAUGAAAACGCUGAAGGUACAACAUAGGAAGGAACUAAAGGUCUCGGGGUUUAAUGUCACGGCAAACGUUCGCCUUCACUUCUGCCUCCCUCCGCUCUCUCAGACUUGAUCAGGAGAUGCAGGAUUGGGAGGAGGCGCGGCGGGAGCUGGCCCACCGGCGAGAUAUGUCUCGGAGGCCACUGCCACCUGCUCGCAGUACCCGACCCCCACCUCGAUCUAGGACCGACAAGAUUCAGGAGGUCAGGGCACCUCCACCGCAGAUCCGCUGUAGGGACCCAGCAGUCCACAACACCUUCAUGUGUGGAGACAUGGCUGGGAUCUAUGCUGUCCUUAAAGAACCUGGCAUGGUCAAUGCACUGAUGGAGACUGUUCAGGAGGAGAUGGUGUGGGCACCAGAAAUGGGCAUGUGGACCCUCACCACCAAAAUCAAACAGACAUCUGCACUGCGACUGGCAGCCAGCAGGGGGCACUCUGGCUGUGUGGAGGAGUUGCUGUUUCGUGGGGCCGAGGUGAACGAGGACCCUGGAGGUCGAAUGGCCCUCCACGACGCCUGCUCAGGUGGCCAUGCCAAUUGUGUCCAACUGCUUCUCAACCAUGGAGCAGACCCUGAUGUUCUGGCAGAGGACGGCAAUGCACCUCUUCACCUGUGCAACACUGCAGAUACCUAUCAGUGUGCGGAGUUGCUGGUGAAGAGCGGCGCCGAUGUGAACAUCUCCCACCGCCAGAGCCGCCUCACCCCACUACACAUGGCAGCGCGCCGUGGCCUGGACGAGCACGUGGAGCUGCUGAUCGCCCACGAUGCCGACGUGGCCGCCCAGAACCUGGAGGGCGAGACCCCGCUCAACGCCGCCUGCUGCGGGGCAGAGAGGGCAUCGGAGGUCGGCCGGUACCUGCGCGUGGUCAAAAGGCUGCUAGAGGUAGGUGCUGACCCGAGAAAGGCCGGCAAGAAGCAGCACACGCCGCUACACAAUGCCUGCGGCAACUGCUCCCCACGCAUCGCCCACCAACUGCUCCAGCACGGGGCCCGCGCAGACGCCGCCAACUGCUUUGGUUAUACACCAAUGGACUGCCUGCUGCAGGUGGGAGUGGGAUAUUGGCAGGUGGUAGAGGAUUACCCUGACCAGCAGCCUGAGGAGAUCGCCCGCAGCCUUUUUAACCACGGAGCUCAGCCACCAUCACCAAGGAUGCUGAAGCUGUGUCUUCUGUCCCCGGCCACUCUGGAGGUGAUGAUCAACUCAUACCAUGUUGUCCCACCUUGUGAGGACUGGAUAAACGAGGUUCCAAAGGAUCUCAAGAUGGCGAAUCAAUCUUUUUUUGAAUCUGUGCAGAGAAUGUCAGGACAGCCUCGAUCAUUACAGCACCUGUGUCGCUGCUCUGUCCGAUCUUGUUUGGGAGGAAAGUGUCACACUGCUAUAAACAGCCUCAACAUCCCCAGCUGUAUGAAAGACUACCUGUUACUAUGCUUGGAAGGAGAGAUUAGAUAGGUUCAAUAAAUCAGAUUCUCACUAAAUAUAAGAACAUGAACAUGUGAAUAUGGUGAUGGACUUGCUACUUUAAAGUGUGAAUAUAAUUGUAUUUUGUCAAAUAGAUUAUGAACACCUUAGAAAUGUUUUUUAAAAACUAUAUUUA